AUGAUCAUGAAGAGUGUCUUUCUUUACAGCCUACUGUCCGUUGUAGCUGCGGACCCAAAGAAGCACCACGCUGGAGGCCACAAAAAUGGAGGCGAACAUCAGGAAUCAACCCUGACGACAUCAUCAAUCGAGGCUUCAUCGGUUUCCGCACCUCCACUUGAAAGUCAUUCAACCCCGGAGGCACACACGCCUUUUACCGAAACAGCAACCACCACUGGUGCUUUGACUGCAACUUCUGUUGGCACGGGAAUUCCAAGCGCCGGCGUUCCACCAGGGGCUACAAGCUACCCUGCUGAUGGGAACCUUCACCACGCCGAGCCUGCUCCCUACGACCCAGCAGGUGGUGUUGGAACGAAUGGAAGCACGCCUGUUUACAACGCAAGAAGUGAUUUCGACUACGAAUCUUUGGCUCUUGCUCUGUAUCAGGAAUGGAUGGAAUACGAUCUGUUCCUAGAUGGACUUAGACUCUUCAACCAGUCCGAUUUUCAGGCUGCUGGUCUGUCGUCUUCAGACCGCGAGUUAAUCCAAUUCAUGGCACAGCAGGAACUAGGCCAUGUUACCAUGCUAAGCAACAUCUUGGGACACCGUGCACCGCAGCAAUGUUCCUACAUCUACCCGUACACUAACGUGAAAGAGUUCAUUGACUUCUGUCAAAAGAUAACUCGCUUUGGUGAAGCGGGCGUGUACGGAUUUCUUGCACAUCUAGACUCCCGUGAAGCAGCAACUCUUCUCACGCAGUCCAUUACUACUGAGGCCCGACAGCAGCUGAUUUUCCGUCAGUUUGAGGGCCUAUUCCCUAUGGUAGAAUGGUUCGAACUAGGUAUACCGCAGUCCUGGGCCUGGACACUCCUGGCUCCGUUUAUCAGCACCUGUCCUGAGAACCAAACUCGUCUGAUUUGGCAAAACUUCCCGACACUCCUGGUGGUCAAUCAGCCUAACCCUUGGAAUGUGGGAGUGACAGCAAAUUCCUCUUCGGACCCUGCUCAGAGUUCUGAUGCUAGCCCUACAUCAACCUCCAGUCAGAGCUCAGAGCAGACUCAGACUUCGUCUUCUAGUCAGUCCACUGGGUUUGUCCAGCCUCCGGGGUUCGCGUUCAACCAAACCUCCGGAUCAAAUGGCACUACAGGCCCGGGAGUCAGUAUUCCGAAGACACCGAAAGGGAGCAGCUCCACCAACUCGAGCUUGAGCUGCGGAGUCACUGUUAGCAAGACUCGACCUUUCCCAUUAACUUUCCCGGGUCGCCGGGUGCUGCUGCAGUGGGAUUCUCCGGGGAAGCAAGUCGGUCCUAACAACAGCUACACCACCGCAGUUCAGACCAAUGCGAGUGCUAAGUAUGUCAUCUGGGUGUCUCAGCUCAAUGUGACUUAUACUACCUUACAUGUUGACAACAGUACCAAUGGCACCGCUACCACCAACAGCACUGGUGGCCGAGGAUAUACGACACAGCCAGACCUGGAAACAUAUCAAGGAGAUCCUGCUAUUAACGGAACUAUUUUCAUUGCCAUCACGGACAGUGAUCCGACUCUCAGUCCGUUCAAUCUAAGCCUGAUCAACCCACAUGUGAUUGCCGGUCCAGCAUUGUACCAGGCCGGGUGA